CUCUGCAAGGAAGGAGCCCGACCCGGCGUGCUGUUAUUAAUUCUUGUCUCCCCUUAACGGGAUUUAUUUGCUUGGGGUCAGCAAACCCUGCUCUGCCGGGUGCUGGGGCUUGCCAACAUGACCCAAGUCAUCUGGGAUUCUAGCUCUGGUCGGUCCCCCCAAUGCCACCUCUCUGCUAUCACAACCUGACCAUCUCUUCUCCCAGGUCUAGCCUGCAGUGUCCAUCAUGCCCCAGGCCUCGGAGCAUCGCCUGGAUCGGACCCGAGAACCACCUGUUAACGUGCAGCCCCGAGUAGGGUCCAAACUCGCAUUCGCUCCCCGGGCCCGUAGCCGGGAGCGCCGGACCUCAGUCCCAGGGCCCAGCUCCAUGCUGAGACCGCUGCCCCCCAGGCCUGGGGCACCCGAGGAACGGCUCAAGAAACUGGAGUUGGGCCGGAGCUCUGGCCCUCGACCUAAAGGCCCUCUGCGGGCAGAUCACGCUGUGCCCCUGCCCGGGUCGCCACCCCCUGCCGUGGCUCUGCCUUUACCCUCCCGGACCAACCUGGCACGUUCCAAGUCCGUGAGCAGCGGGGACCUGCGACCCGUGGGCUUGGCCCUGGGUGGGCACCGUGGGGCAGCUGGAGAGCUGGGGGCCGCCCUGAGUCGCCUGGCACUGCGACCGGAGCCCCCCGCACUGAGACGCAGCACCUCCCUGCGUCGCCUGGGGGGAUUUCCGGGACCCCCAGCCCUGCUCAGUAUCCGGGCCGAGCCCCCUCCUUCCCAUGGCGCCUUCCACAUGAUCUCAGCGCGGCCAGAGGCCUUCUAUUCCUCGGACAAGAUGGCCCAUCACACACUCCUCCUGGGCUCUGGCCAUGUAGGUCUGAGGAACCUGGGCAACACGUGCUUCCUCAACGCUGUCCUGCAGUGCCUGAGUAGUACCCGGCCCCUGCGGGAUUUCUGUCUGCGGCGGGACUUCCGACAGGAGGUGCCUGGAGGGGGCCGUGCUCAGGAGCUCACUGAAGGUGGGAGGACUGUUCCUUUGCUCCCCAACUCCACCAGGGACCUGAAGCUGCCUCUAUCCCCCCCCCAAAACACACAUUCACUGAGUGUGCCUUUCCCUCCAGCCUUUGCAGAUGUGAUUGGAGCCCUGUGGCACCCUGACUCUUGUGAAGCUGUGAACCCCACUCGAUUCCGUGCCGUCUUCCAGAAAUAUGUCCCCUCCUUCUCUGGAUACAGUCAGCAGGAUGCCCAAGAGUUCCUGAAGCUGCUCAUGGAACGGUUGCACUUGGAGAUUAACCGUCGGGGACGCCGUGCGCCCCCCAUCCUGGCCAAGCACCCAGCCUCAGCCCCACCCCGUCGUGGAGGGGGUUUACCGCUGGAGGACCCUGAGUUAAGUGACGACGACCGAGCCAACCUGAUGUGGAAACGUUAUCUGGAGCGGGACGACAGCAAGAUUGUGGACUUGUUUGUGGGCCAGCUGAAAAGUUGUCUCAAAUGCCAGGCCUGUGGCUAUCGCUCCACGACCUUCGAGGUUUUUUGUGACCUAUCCCUACCCAUCCCCAAGAAAGGGUUUGCUGGGGGCAAGGUUUCACUCCGGGACUGCUUCAGCCUUUUCACCAAGGAAGAGGAGCUAGAAUCGGAGAAUGCCCCGGUGUGUGACCGCUGUCGGCAGAAGACACGAAGCACCAAAAAGCUGACCGUUCAGCGGUUCCCACGCAUCCUCGUGCUCCAUCUGAACCGGUUUUCUGCCUCCCGUGGCUCCAUCAAGAAAAGUUCUGUGGGUGUCGACUUUCCGCUGCAGCGGCUGAGCCUGGGGGACUUUGCCAGUGCCCGAGCGGGAAGUCCUGUCUACCAGCUGUACGCGCUGUGCAACCACUCGGGGAGCGUCCACUGCGGGCACUACACUGCACUAUGCCGGUGCCAGUCAGGCUGGCAUGUGUUCAACGACUCCCGCGUCUCUCCAGUCAGUGAGAACCAGGUGGUGUCCAGCGAGGGCUACGUGCUGUUCUACCAGCUGAUUCAGGAGCAAGCGCGGUGCCUGUGACCCCCAGCCCUGGACCCCCCAAAGCCCUCGCUCCCCACUUACCUCAGAGACGUCUAUUUUUGUGUCUUUUUAAUCGGGGAGGGGGGUGGGGUGUAGCUCCCGUUAUUUUUUUUAUUGACAGAUCCUAUCACCCUGGAGUUCCCUGACCCCUUCCUUGUCCCCGGUCCCCCUGGCCCUGCCAGUGUACAGCCCCGACCCUGCCAUCUCACUUUUUUUGUGAAUAAAUUUAUUAAGAAAAGCA